AUGGCGUCAAAACGCGCUCACGCUGCUAUGAGCACACCGGCACCCGAUGAAGAGCCUGUGGAUCCGUCAGAUGAGCUUACCUUCGUCGCGCUUGGCGGAGGCAGCGAGGUUGGCCGCUCAUGCCACAUUAUACAGUACAAGGGCAAGACGGUGAUGCUGGAUGCCGGUAUACAUCCCGCAUACGAUGGCCUGGCAGCUUUGCCGUUCUAUGAUGAGUUCGAUCUGAGCACAGUUGAUGUGCUGUUGAUAACACACUUCCACAUGGACCAUGUCGCCUCGCUACCCUACGUUCUCGCCAAGACGCCUUUUGCAGGUCGUGUAUACAUGACGCACCCAACUAAAGCCAUCUACAAGCAUCUCAUGACAGACUCCGUCCGCGUACAGAACACUCACACCUCCGCCACAUCCGGCACAGACGGCUAUGUAGCGCAGCUGUUCAACGAGCAAGACAUCCUCACAACCAUGCCACAGAUCCAAACCAUCUCCUUCAAUACAACCCACAUCCACAAUGGCAUCAAGUUCACACCCUACCCGGCCGGCCACGUCCUCGGCGCAUGCAUGUAUCUCAUCGAGAUCGCUGGGCUCAAUAUCCUCUUCACGGGCGACUACUCCCGCGAAGACAACCGUCACUUAAUGCCCGCAUCCAUUCCGCGCCACGUCAAUGUGGACUGUCUCAUCACGGAAUCGACCUUCGGCAUCAGCACGCACGUUCCACGCGCCGAACGCGAGACAGCACUAAUGCGUUCCAUAACCGGCAUCCUCAACCGCGGCGGCCGCGCUCUACUUCCCACGUUCGCUCUCGGUGGCGCACAAGAACUACUGCUGAUCUUGGAAGACUACUGGGCACGGCACCCGGAGUAUCAGCGCUUCCCAAUCUACUUCGCCAGCAGCUUAGCGCGAAAAUGCAUGGUCGUGUACCAGACCUACAUUGACGCCAUGAACGAGAACAUCCGCACCAAAUUUCAAGCUGCACAAGCGAAUCCGGAUGGAGUGGGCGGACCGUGGGACUUCCAGCACAUCCGCAGCUUGAAGUCUCUCGAGCGCUUCGACGACGUUGGGGGGUGUGUAAUGCUAGCUUCGCCUGGUAUGUUACAGAAUGGAGUCAGUCGCAGCCUGCUUGAGCGCUGGGCACCGGAUGCCAAGAACGGCGUGAUUAUCACUGGCUACUCUGUCGAAGGCACCAUGGCGAAAUCGAUUAUGCUUGAGCCCGACAGCAUACCGGCGGUCAUGACGAAUCGUCAACCUCAGACUGUGAUUCUGGGCAAGCGGACGGGCGCGGACGAGAACGUGAUGAUACCGCGCCGGUGUACAGUUCAGGAGUUCUCGUUCGCGGCGCACGUUGAUGGGCAGGAAAACCGGACGUUCAUUGAGGAGGUCAAUGCACCUGUCGUAAUCCUGGUCCAUGGGGAGAAACACAAUAUGAACCGGCUGAAGAGUAGAUUGCUGAGUCUGCAGAAGAUGAAGGUCUACUCGCCCGCCAAUUGCGAAGAGCUACAUAUCCCCUUUCGGCAGGAUAAGUACGCGCGUGUGGUGGGGAGGCUGGCGAAUGAGAUCAGCCCGCCCACUGCUGCACAACAGCCUAGUCCGCCAGCAAGCGACGAGGAAGGCAACGAGAGCGAGCCGAAGAAGAGGAAGGAUGAGGGUCAGCUGGUCAGCGGUGUGUUGGUACAGAAUGACUUUAAGCUCUCGCUCAUGGCGCCUGAAGACCUGAAGGAGUACGCGGGUUUGACAACGACUACCAUCCUAUGUCGGCAGAAGAUCACAUUGGCCGCUGCUGGUGUUGACCUUAUCAAAUGGGCGUUGGAAAGCACUUUUGGUGCGGUGGAGAUGGUUGCGAACGGAGGCAAGACGGAGGUGAAUGGCGCGAGCGCAAACGGGGAGACGGGAGUCGCGGACGAACAAGGACGGACGACGGUGAUGGAUGUCAUGGGCGGCGCUGUCCGUCUGAUUCAGCAAGCGCCAAGCGGAGAGAUCGAGCUAGAAUGGGAGGGCAACGUGACGAACGACAGCAUCGCGGACGCUGUCAUGGCCGUUCUGCUCUCUGUCGAGUCGUCACCUGCGGCCAUCAGGCAGAGCAGCAAACCACACAGCCACACCCAUGAACAGCGAGAGGCGCAGUACGAUGCUUUCGGCGACAGCCCGGGCAGAAACCCACUUGCGAAUGUCGGUCCGGAGGAGAGACUAAGUCGGGUGUUUAUGUUCCUCGAGGCGCAGUUUGGCGAGGAUGCCAUAUCGCCUAUUGCGCGACCGAAGGCGCCAGAGCAGAAUGGGGCAGAGGACGAUGGUGGAGACGAAGUGGGUAGGGAGAAGGCUGAAGCGGCGGAGAUGGCUCGACUACAUGCUCUAGGCAUACCGGUGCCUGGGGUGGAGAUCAAGGUCGACAAGCAUGUGGCGAAGGUAUGGUUGGAGAAUCUAAAAGUCGAAUGUGCGAACAAGACGCUUGGAGAUAGAGUGAGGGCCGUGGUUGAGAGGGCGGUGGAGACUGUUGCGCCGCUUUGGCAGUAGUAAGCAGACUUGAUCGCGCUGUCGACCUUAGUGCCGAUAAUAUUAUCGAAAAGCCGUCUGUUACAACUACGCAGAGGUGCGUAUUGAGGACUGGUUAAUGGGGUAGUGACGCGGCAGGAUCUUGCCCGUUGAUGCUUACAAAGCCGUCUUGAUGUUCGACCGUUGGGGUCGCCAUGGAGAGUGCCAUCGGAGCGAAAUGCCAAUGUUUGAGCAACAGUACCGAUAUGGCAUUAUCUAGAGCUUAUGGGUGUUUAGUUGAGACAGUGUGCAUGUUGCUGAUAUGGGCGGUGAGAUGGAAGCUUUACGUCCGGUUGGAUUUCGAGCGGAGACCACCGGGGCACCUGCGUGAUUGACCUGCCUA